GUCUGCCGCUGCAGAACCGAUCAGAUGGGGAGAACAUUCUCUAAAAAUGGUCCCCAAACUUAAGGGCCUGCAGAAACGGGCAGGACACACUGCCGUCAGCUCGGACAGAGACGGUACUUCUGAAAGCUGCAGUGUCAACUAAAGAGAUGCAGUCCCUGCCCAUGGAAGUGGGAAGCAGCAGCAGCAGCAGCAGCAGCUCUGCUCCCAGCGACACAUCUGGCCCGGUGGUGCAGGUGUGCUUCCCCAGCGCUCAGGCCUCGGUGCUGGACAGCCUCAACCGGCAGAGGGAAGACGGCCGGCUAUGUGACCUCUCCAUCCACGUCCAGGGACAAGUGUUCAAGGCCCACCGCUGCGUCCUGGCCGCCUCCUCGCCCUACUUCCACGACCAGGUACUCCUGAAGAACAUGUCCACGGUCUCCAUCCCGGCGCUGAUGGACCCGCUGGCGUUUGAGAGCGUGCUGAGCUGCGCCUACACCGGUCAGCUCCGGAUGCUGCGCGAGGACAUCGUCAACUACCUCACGGUGGGCAGCGUCCUGCAGAUGUGGCACAUCGUGGACAAAUGCACCGAGCUGCUGAGGGAGGGCCGGGCUGCAGCGGGAGGAGGGGGCAGCGGCGGUAACGGAGCCGGAAGCGACGGUGAUGGGGUUGUCGGAGGAGGUCAGUCCCAGGUGGUGGGGUCCAACGAGCCCCAGCGUGGCCCCCAGCCCCCCAGCCGGCCCUCGGUGAGCGAGAGCCAGUCCCCCAGCAGCACCAACUACUUCAGCCCCCGGGACGGGAGCGGCUUCGGGGGAAGCGGCGCGGCCGCAGCGGGGGCUUCGGCGGAUGGGGGCGGGGCUAGCAACACCCCCAGCUACUGCACCCCAUCAGGAGGGGAGGAAGCCUUCCUUAUCGAGGAAGAGGAGGAGGAAGUAGAGGAGGAAGAGGAGGAGGAGGUGCUGUACCAUCAGAGGAAGAGAGGAAGAGGAGGCGGCAGCGGGAGGAGGAAGAAAAUGAGCUCGGUGUCAGAACAGGAAGUCGGGGUCAGCGACAGCUUUGGCGUGUCUUCCUAUCAGGACGGGGAGGACUCUGCGUUGCCGCUGCUGAAGCGUCCCACCUACAGCCAGCCCAGCAUCAUGCCGCGCAAACAGUGGGUGGUGGUGAAAACCGAACGCAUGGAGGACGACGACCUCAUCGUAGUGUCCGGGGAGGAGGGAGGAGAGGACGAGGAGGACGAGGAGGAGAGGGAGAUGGAGCUGGCCAGAGAGAGGGAGAGGAGCGACUUCAACAUCUCCAACGUUAGGAGCCUUUCAGGCGACCUGGGGGGCCGAGCCGAGAACGACAUGGACUCACAGGUGGACUACUGCCAUUCUUCAGAAGACUACCUCAAGUUUGAAGGCAGUUUAAUGGACCAGACUUUAGCGCAGCACCUCCAUGACAGCGCAGCAGGUCAGAGCCAGAGCGCUAACCGCGCUGUCUCAGCGCUGCUGGGCCAGGUUCAGUCUGCGGCCUCGGCCCGGGCCCAGCUCUUCCCCCUGGACAUGCAGGGGAACCAGAUCCUCCUCUACAGCCAGGCAUCCGGACUCUCUCUGGACGCCGCCGCCGCCGCCCCUCCCCUGGGGAUGGCGGGCGCCAUGAUGGGGGGAGCCUCUUUCAAAGGUCCCAGCCUGGAGCACGGUGCGGUCCACCUGUCGGUCCAGGGCGGCUUGGGAGCUGACGGCAUGGACGGCGGGGGGAUUGGGGGUGGGAGUGGUGGCGGUAACAGCGCUGGGGGUUCUGGGAAAGUGUUCAUGUGCCACUGUGGUAAGACCUUUACCCACAAGAGCAUGAGGGACCGCCACAUUAACAUGCACCUGGACCUGAGGCCCUUCCACUGCCCCGUCUGCGCCAAGAAGUUCAAGAUGAAGCAUCACCUCACGGAGCACAUGAAGACGCACACGGGCCUCAAGCCGUACGACUGCCUGGGCUGCGGCAAGAAGUUCAUGUGGCGCGACAGCUUCAUGAGGCACCGCUCGCACUGCGAGAGGCGCGGCGGGCUGGGGGAGAGCGGAGAAGGCGGGAGCAGCGGCAGCGGCGGCGAGGGAGGGAGAAGGGGAGGAGGCGAGGAUGGGCCGGAUUUGAUUUCCUCCCCUCACCUCCUCCUGUCCGCAGGUGAGGGAGGACAUGGCGGUAUUCUGGGCGGGGGAGGGAGAGGAGGAGCGUCCGUUCCUUCUCCACAUCUCUCCGGCGCUGUCAUGUCGCCGCAGCACACCGGCGUCUCAGCCACGGGAAGCAGCAGCAGCAACAACAGUGUCAUCAACAGCAUGGCCGCCGCAGGGUCGCUUCUAGGAGUCGUCUCCCAGAGUCCCGGUCAGGGAUCUGGGAUGUUCGCUGGUCUAGGUUUAGGCCGAAGUGUGUGCGAUGAAGACGUGUGUGAAGUCAGUGCCAAUGACAGCAGCGUGACUUAAACCAGAAGUGUGUGUGUGUGUGUGUGUGUGUGUGUGUGUGUGUGUGUGUGUGUGUGUGUGUGUGUGUGUGUGUGUGUGUGUGUGUGUGUGUGUGUGUGUGUGUGUUCUGUCCAACGGGUGCCUCUUUCUCAGCAAAACAGUCGUGCUUCUCGUCCCUGCUGCUGUUUUUACAAUAAAGUAAACUCGGAAGAAGCUCUUGUAACUGCCAACACUCAGCAUUUCAAGCAGGAA